CUGUCCUGCUCUCGUCUCUCUUUCUUAAUCUACUUCUAUCUCCAGCUUUUAUCUUCAUUCCUCUGUGAUGUCGUCUUUUUAACCAGUUUUACUAUAAAACUCCUUCCAGCAGUGACCCAGGCUGUUCUCUCCAUCCUUCCUGUGAGUAUUUUUACAUUCUGAGCCUGUCCUGUUAUAUGUGUUGUUGUUUUCUUUAUUAUGUAAAAACACUUUGCGAAUUCUAUUCUUAAAAAGUGCUACACAAAUAAAGUUUAUUAUGAUUAUUAUGAUUAUGAUUAUUAUUUGUUCUCCACUAGAAUCUGUGCAGAUGAAAUUAAUAACUUUACACUGACAUUGAGCCAAGAAUUUUAUUUGCUCGACACCAAAAACAGUCAUUUAACUAUAGAUGAUAAUAACGUUGUGUUAGUGCUGCGUGUGACCCGUUGCCUUGAGUGAAGUUCAUUUAAUUUUACAGCGCGUGUUUUUUUGGUGCUUUUAUUGUGGUAGUCCACCGCCACGGCAGCAGCUCGUGCCUCCUCUCCGUCGCGCGUGAGGAGGAGGAGUGGCGGCGGCGGGGCGCUCGCGCGGUGAUGGACUGGAGCGCCGUUAGCAGCAGCCUCCUCCUCCUCUUCCAUCAUGGCUCCCUCGCUGGACAGGCGCGGCUACUGGGGCCGGCCGACCUCCACGCUGGACUGGUGCGAGGAGAACUACGUCGUGUCUUUCUACGUCGCCGAGUUUUGGAACACCGUCAGCAACCUGAUUAUGAUUCUUCCUCCCAUUUUCGGGGCCAUCCAGACGUUUCGCGACGGCCUUGAGUCUCGCUACAUCUUCUCCUUCCUCGGACUGGCAGCUGUCGGUGUUGGUUCCUGGUGCUUCCACAUGACGCUGCUGUACGAGAUGCAGUUACUGGACGAGCUGCCCAUGAUCUACAGCACUUGCGUCUUUGUCUAUUGUCUAUAUGAAUGCUUCAAGCAAGAGAACAGCAUCAGUUUCUUUCCUAUUACAUUAUUAUUAAUGUUCAGCAUUUUGGUCACUGUGGUGUACUUACAGUGGAAAGAGCCAGUGUUUCACCAGGUCAUGUAUGGUGCUCUGGUAGCUUGCCUAGUGAUGCGCUCCAUCUUCAUUGUUACUUGGGUGUACCCAUGGCUCAGGCCGCUGGCUUACACUUCCUUAGGCAUCUUCAUGUUAGGGUUCCUGCUGUGGAACAUUGACAAUAUCUUCUGUGACUCAUUAAGAGCCAGUAGACAGACGCUGCCCCCUGGUGUUGGAGUAGUAACACAGUUCCAUGCCUGGUGGCACAUCUUCACAGGCCUGGGAUCCUACCUGCACAUACUUCUCAGCUUGCAGAUCAGAUCAACCUACCUCAAGUACAGACCAAAAGUAAAGUUUCUGUGUGGAGUCUGGCCGACGCUGCACAUUGAGCCACAGAGGACGAGCUGAAAUGAAGGGAUGGGACCAGCUGAAGGAUGGUGACUGCCAAAUCCAGACACCAUUGGCACAGGGACCUGUCAAUACCCCCCUGCCACUGCUGGGAAGACAGCCCACAGCCAGGGGCUGGUGGACCCCAAGGCACCACCCCAAGGACCCUUCGGUUCUGCACUGUGGGAAUUAACUAAGUACAGUAUAGCACUGAGUCCGGUUCAGUUCCAUCAAGAAAUGGAAGAUUUUUUAAUUUAUUAGACUAGCUUUUCUGUAAUUUUAUUUGCGUGUAGUUCUUUUAUUUGUUCAUACAUUUUCAAUACGAUGAAUGAAUAUUCUUGUCCACUGCAGUGGGCAUAUUGAAGGGGUUGUGGAUGCUGGCUUGAUUGGGAAAGGAGUGUGAUUAAUUCAGAAUACACUUUACAUUGUUAUUGUAUGUUCAAUCCUGUGAAUAUCUGAAUCUCCUACGCCUGAUUCUGCUGAAAUAGAUCCUAUUAUAACUAAGUAUAAAUAAGACUAUUACCUGUGGAUAGUUUAACGAGUAGCUGAGGGAGGUCUACUUACACCGCAGUGCUUCAGGUUCCUUUUAAACAAGCACCACAUUGUUUUUGGAUGUAUUUGCUACCGAUGGCGUAGUAACUGCCAGCUGCAAGAUGAAAGUGGUCCUGUGUUAUUGUAGCUCAGCUGACAUGACUCGUUCAUUUGCUUGGCCACUAGUUUCACUUUUACUUGAACUGUUUGCAUUAAGAUGUGCCACAACUGGAAUUCUUACCUGUUUAAAAAUGGUGAUUGUUGGUUGCCAAAGUUGCACUGAGAUUUUAAGCAGUCAUGUCAUUUUAAUGGUUUACGUCAUUAUCGACAAGCAGGAGAUGUUCUUCUGCAGCAUCAGUACGCUGACUUCUGGUUUUGUUAACAGGGGUGAGUUUUUCCACAGGGCAGGUUGAUCCACUUCCUACAUCUCAUGCUUGCUCGGACAGUGCUGAAGCGAUAAUCCACACUGAUAUGUACUCUGAGAAAGACUUUGCAGUCACCUUUCCAGCCCACAGGGGAUGAGUGGUGUAGACUCACAGUGAGCUUCCCUUUGGGUGUGUCAUCUUAACAAACUCUCUUGUUGAUCAGGCUUGCAGGAGCGCCACCAGGAAUGACCGCCGUCUUUCUGUAGCUGCUGCAGCCAGCUCAGAGGGAAACAUUUAAAUGCUGAACGUAAACCAGCUCAUUGAGAACAUUUCACAGCUGUUAGAAUUCAACGGACCAAGUGAACGACUGAGACACGUGCAUAUAAUAAGCUACAGGAAGCUGAUUCCAGACACAGCCAGCUCUGGGCGGUUGUUUGUUUCCUGGUUCCUUCCCUCAGUAUCAUGGUCACAGCAGAGAGCAGUGCUGUGGUCGACUCCCUCACAAACGCUGAGACAACUCUGGUACUUAAACAUCUCUACGUUUUAUUGAACACACACUUAUUUAUUGGUCCUUUUUGUCCCUUUUGUUUAUGACUCCAUGGCAUCAAGUUGAAGAGUCGAAUGGCACAUACUAAACACCUAAUAAAAUAAAUGUUUAUUUAUGAUACAACCAGUAGGUGGCGUAAACUUCCAGCUUAUUUCAGACAUUGCCAAGCAUGCCACAGUGCAUUGAAGAACUACUACCUACCUACUGUAGAACUCUGAGGGUGUUUGCUUCACAUACGGGAGUUGUUCUGUAAAACGAAGGGCUUUUUAUUUUUGCGUUGCUGCUGUUGACGUCUGAUGGAAACGUAGACGCUAGUGCUUGAAGUAACUGGUCAUGUAGAGGAUGCACAACACGAUGGUCACGUCCUGCUAAACUGCUGUGCGCACAGUGAUCUCCUGAGAUGACACAUUAUACACUCUUUUGUCAUGAUGCAUAAAUGCAGUGUCACGAAGCGCCGUGCUUUGGUCGAGUGAGUGCAGAAAGCCAGUGUUACAGAUAUUCAUAAGCACAAUGUAUGAAAGAAGUGUUGUCCAGAUGUGAGCAGUCUUGGCUGUAUGUUGUCUUGACCCACUGCUCAGCAGUAGAGGUGAGCACGUGUCACAGAGGGUGCCUUAUUGUAAUCCUUGCAGUGUAAUCCGAGUUGCCUUGAUGUUCAUGAUAAACCAUUACACUUGUCCCGUGUGUUCUGCAGUGUGCCCGUCCCCUGAUUGUUAGCAGCAUCAGGAGGACAAACAAUAACAGCUUCUGAUGCAAAGUCUGGGCCUGAUUCUCUGGCCUUCCAUUCAUUUCACUGUCCAGCAACUUAGCUCCAGGUGUCUAACGGUGUUGACUGUACAUACAAGAUGUGUUGAUUCUGCCAAUGUUUCUGUUGGAUUUGGUCACGUGCCAGUUGUUUAUGAUGUCCUGUGUUGUCCAAUAAAAGAACAUGUGUCAAA